AUGGCUCCCGGUGCCGAUCCUAAUCAGCGGAGAGACCUAAACGUUGCACGUCCUUGCGUCGCGUCUCGUAUGGACCAAACUCUUCAGGCAAUAAUGCCGAACGGCUUGCAGACGUAUUACUCUCAGCAACCUGGGGUUGUCAUUGGAGGGACUGUAUUCGUCGCUGUCCUACUACUCGUGGUUAUGGUUAUGAUAUCCAUGCGCAUGAAGAAACGAAAGGCGACACGGGGAGAUUAUACGCGUAUUGUAAUGUCCGAGAAAGAGGAUGAAGAGGAUGGGAGAUACUACGACGAGGUUAUCUCGUCCUCGCAUGUGUGA